CCCGCCCGUAAUUUUUAAAGACCCGAUCCGAUCCGCUAUCCCAAACUCAACCCGGAAAACGCCAUAUCUCCUUUUCCUUUCUUCAUUCUCGUAAUUCUUCAACCUUUCACGUUUACUCAUUUGUGCCGACAGCCAGGCACUCAUUUAUCCAUAGCUGUCAGUACACAGCUCUACACACGCAUAUAUAUACAGAGAGAGAGAGAGAGAGUGAGAGAUAGAGAGGGAGAAUGGAGUCGGAUCUCUCAGUCUCUGAAAUUUCUGGAGACGACGAUUCCCAGCUCCCACGCAACCCCGAGCUGGAUGCCACACCCAAAGAUCUCUGCUCCAAAUCUACUUUCACUUCUCCUAUUACGGCCUUGAAGGUUAGUACAGUCCCAGAAACUCCAAGUUGUUCUUUUUUUAAGGAUAGCAGCAACAAAGAGAAUUUAAGUACAAGCAAAUCAGAAGUACAAAAGUUGAGUAUGGAGCCACUGAAAAUGAAGAGGAAAAAGACUGGUGGUUACAACUUGAGGAAAAGUUUAGCAUGGAAUAAAGCCUUUUUUACUGAAGAAGGUGUAUUGGAUCCAAUAGAACUAUCUAUGAUCAAUGGAGGGGGCUUGUCUCCCAUUGAAGAAAGGAAAACCCCACAAUCUAGCAAGUCUCUAAGAAAUGUUGCAUCGUCUUCAAUGAAGUCAAUUAAAAAGAAUACAUGCAAAGAAAUGUCAGCUACAUCUUCAAAAGAAGAUAGGGAAAAGUCUUCACGUAAAGUGUUUGCAACUCCAAAUGGAAGAACUAGCUCUAUGGGUGGUGUCUGUCCUAGACCUUUGUUUUCAACAUCAUUAAAAAGGCCUGCAAAUAUAAAUGUCAGUAAAGCUGCAACCAAGGAAUCUAAACUACCGAAGUUUCAAGUUUCAAAGCCAGGUUCAUGUUCGAUGACUACAACUUCCAAGAGUACAAUGCCUGGACCAUGUCCUUUGCAGAAUAAAAAGAUUUCUGAUCCAGUCAGUAUCCAGAGAAAAUAUGGGUUAAAGAGCUCCUUAAGAAAUGCAGAAAAUGGACAAAAAAAGGCAAAGGAUGGUUCUAUUCCACCAUACUUAUCUCUAGCCACUCAUCCGAAAGGAGAUGCUGACAUAUCAACAUUGAACUUAAAUCUAUCAAACUCUUCAUCCUUGUUACCAAUCAGAAAAAAUGGUAAUACCAGUUUAAAGGUGAUACCAGAUCCUGUGGCUGCAUAUAGUAGCAUACCUUCAUCCCAGGGCCAGGAUGGAUCUGCACCACCUGCUGUUUCUCGUCUGCAGAACACCUUUACAUCUGUUCGGAGCUUGCAACACGCACAAAUCCAGACAAUAAAGCCAUCAGGUUUGCGAAUGCCAUCACCAUCACUAGGAUUUUUUCGUCAGCCGAAAGCUUCUGAGACACAUGGGCUAUCACAGAGAAAUGCAGAGUCUAGUGUACAGAAGCUGUACAAAUCUGGUAAUCUGAGGCCACCGCAUGCAGUGGGAGGUAAAAAAAUCAAUGACACCAUAGCAACAAUGGAUGGUAGGAAUAUAAGCACCAGGUUGGGUUGCUCUGGAGCAUCUGAUUCUCAAAAAGCAAUCAAAGCCUGCUUGGAUGAUGAUGAUGCACUAAAGAAUAGGCUGAAGGUUCGAUGUGAUUCUGGGAAUCCCAAGCUUUUAAGUGAUAAGAAUGAAAAGCAUAAUGUCAGUGAUGUUGAUGGAAAGGUAAAUGAUCAUGGGGAGGUCAGAAAUGAAAAAAUUGGGUCCCAACAAGAUACAGAAUCAUGGAUGAAUGGCAAGGAACUUCUAAAUACUGAAGAAUGUAGACAGACUUUGGAAAAAGAUGAUCCUAAGGUCAUUGGUUCUCAAGGAAGUAGAGGCUCUAGUAGGUCAGAUUUGGAAGAUUAUCAAUUAGUCUCCCAGCAAAACAGUUUGACACAUGCAAUGGAUACCUUCAGAGCAGAAACUACAGUCUCAUUUGAUGGUUCUUUUUCUGACAGCGGGUCUGAGGAUAUGGAUAUAUGUGGUGGUGAUGAGAUGAUUUCAAAUUGUCCCGUAAGUGGUAAUCAGGAUGUUGGUGGUUUACCUGAGGAACAAUCUGAUAAGAAGUCAUGUGCAUUUGAAGCUGAUCGGAUUCUUAGUGGGCAUAACUAUGCUACAGUAACAGAGCACUGCUUGAACAAGUUAAGUAGAGAAUUUCAGAAUUAUGGUUCUCAAGAUUCUGCAGAUCCAAAUCUCAUAGGUUUAACCUGUACUAAAGUAGAAACUAAGAACUCUGCUUUCCAAACUGAGGACUUACAUAUUCAGUCUUCAGAAGAAAAUGUUACCAGAAAUGAGGGAAGUGUUAAGUCAGAUUUAGGAGAUUUAGGGAAGUGUUUAAGGGCUGUGAAAGCCAAGGAAGAAAAGGUUUCUAAGACUGUUUCAUCUAUUGAGCUAAAUGGAAAAGAUGCAACUGAUUAUAAUGAAUUUGAUGUUCAAAGAGCCCGAAUUGUUGCUGAAAUUGAUACUGUUAUGAUUGCUGGACAAGUCUUCCAUGAUGAUGUACUUCUGCAUCCUGCCCAAGAUUCCCAUUCAGUUGAGAGUCCUGAUAUCUUUGACAAAGCAUCUCCGCAUCUAAAAUUUGCUUUAUCUAACCAAACAUUGAAGUUAGUGGUUCCCGGAACCCCUGAAUCAUUAAAUGGAAGCAUCAAACUAAACAAUGAUGUGUGUGUAGCAAAGAAUGAUUUUUCAUCAAAGGAAAUAGACAAGUGUUAUGACAAUCCUAACAAUGGUACUCAAAUAGUAAGGAUAAAUGACAGUGAGUUGCUUGAAGACUCCCAAAAAUGUGAACGAGUAAAUUUCUCUGAGAGUGUAGGACAGAAGAAUCAUUCUGAAUACAUAUCAAAGAGCUCAAGUGAAGGGUUACUCUUGGAAGUUGAACAUUCUCAGUCUCUUGAUGGAAAGACAUCUGCUGAAAUCUGCAAAGUUCUUACUUCAUCAGCUUUGUCUAUUCAUCAUUAUAGUGCCAUCUCAGCUGAGAAAUUAGAACAGUCAGAUAAACCCAUCUUGCCUGGACAAGGCACAGGCACUGUAUCUGAUGAAGAAUCCAAGAGAAACCAAGUCUUGGAUUGCGUUUCACAACUAAGUGAUGACAGCAGAAGUGAAGCUGUAAGCUCAAGUGCUUUAAAUUUGGAGCCCACCGUGGGAGGAAUUGACACUAAAAUAGAUUCAUUUGAUGCCGAUUUACGUAUUGAGGAUAAACCAUCAGAUUAUGUAGGAAAUGAUUCUUUGCCUGAAGAUUGUGAACUUACAAACAGUGUGUUACUUUUAGAUACACUGCCUAAUGGAAAAUCUGCCUGUUUGGAUAUUGAUUCCGCACCACAGACAAGCAAAAAUUGUAUUUCAAGAGAAUCUGCUGCUUGCAUAGACCUGGUUGAAAGUGAACAGGAGUCAUCAAGGAGUAAUGAAGUACUUGAUCAGAAUAUUCUUGGAGAUGAAUCUGAAAUGAAAACCUCUGAAACCAUCAAUAGUCAUGCUAGUGAGCUUUGCCUUGAGUUGGAUAAUGCCAAAUGUUUCACAAACAAUGAGAAUGCUACUCUGUCAAUCAAGAGACCUGAGGAUGGUAAGGCAAAAAGUAAACUUACGGUAAUACCCCCUCAGAAUGCAGUUCCAUUUUCUGAUGAAUGGUUGGCAGCUAUUGAAGCAGCUGGAGAGGAUAUUUUAACCAUGAAAGGUGGUGCUGUACAAAAUUCACCCCCAGAUAAAUCUCUACCCGAGCCAAGUCCAUGGUCACCGGUGAGAAGGAAAAACAAUCAGGCUGGACCAUUUGACUGUACAAAGUUCACACGCAAUCGGGGGGCUGAACCAUCUUGAUUAUUCCCAUCAAUUAAAUUAGACGGCUAGCUAGGUUUGACUCAUUCUUUUAAUUAACCUAACAAGACCACUGGGCAACUUAUUAACCACAAUGUAUGAUUAUGUAAUAAUGGUAUACGAUAUUGUAGAAUGUUCCUUUUGUUAAGUUCACAUUGCAUAAUGCACACCACGGGACUUAGGAAUAGAAUGUGAAGCCACGCAAAAGUGUAAUUUUAUGAAAGAUUACAUAAAGUCCUA